CAAAUGGCGUUAGGUUAGGUCAGGCGUAUUUCACAUUUGCAUUAGUAUUUCAAUGAACAAUGAUAUAAGCAAUUCAAGUAUUGAAAUAGGAAUAUCUUGCAAACCAUAAGGGACCUAUUAAUUUUGACAGCUGAUGUUCAUAGAAAGUUGUAAGGUGAAGUGGGAUAAAUGCAGAUGAUUAGCAGAUAUAGCGCACAGUCUCUUAAAAAUAUCACCGUACGAUGCAAGCACGAUGGAUUGCCGCGGUUUGAGACGAUACAUGAACGAUAUUUUACCAUCGACCGAUUGGUCCAGCGACGAUAUGAGGCCGGCUUUGACAAAUAUUUUAAGGAGGCUCGAUAAAACGUUUAGCAAGAUUCAUAAGAAAGCUUCGAUCAGAAGAAACACCGAUUGGACCGCUGCAAAUGACCUUUUGAAAGGAGUUUACGAAACGUUGGCCAGAUGUUCUUAUAUUGCACACUUCCAGAAUUUGAAGACACUGCUAACUACUUGUCAGUACGAUGGGAACGAAGGAAAAUGAAUGUAAGAGUUGGAUUAAAGAGGUUUUUUGUACGUUUGUAGUACUUGGUAGAGAAACGAGUUGGUUCUUCUGAAGAAACGGCGAUAUAAGGAGAGAUAACCUAUAAAUCCUAUAAAAAUUAGUGAAGUUCUAAAUUUCUAUAUUUACAAUUUACAAAUACUCAAAUUGUUAAGUAUUACAUUUUUCAAAAUUGAACAUUUUUAAGCUUACAGAUGUCCAAAUACCCAGAAUUUAAAAUUUCACGUUUUCAAAUUAUCAAAAUAUCAAAUUAUUAAAUUAUCAAAUUAUCAAAUUAUUAAAUAAUCAAGAUAUUAAAUUAUCAAGU